AUGACAAACGGACUAUUGCCCUCAGAACCGGCCCUUUUGCAAGUACCAUCUGAUUCUGGCCCCUCGCAGACCUUGGAGGAGCGGCUCGGUGGCCUUGAGACCACGAUGGGGAAGAUCCUUGAUGUUCUGGGAAGGAACGUGUCUAGGCCUGAGGAAGUGCCUACGGCAGCGCCUCAUGUGAUGUCUGCCCCCAGUGGUCCGAUGUCGCUUUCGACAUCGAAUCAACUCACGCCGCUUCCGAUUUGGGAAACUGUGCUUUCAGUGGCCAAGUUAUACCUCACGUACUGCGAGUCGCAACCGCUUCCUCUCUUUCACAGGGAAACGUUCCUGACCAGCAUCGGGACGCGUGAUCCCGAAGUUAUCUACGCCAUGCUUGCCUUGGGUAUCAGGUUCUCCAAGGAGCAUCAACAGAGCCCAACUCAUCUAACAUCACAGAUCAGCGGUUACACUGAAGUAGCGAGAAGCUUGGUCAUGAAGAGGGUGCUUGAGGGGCCGGUCGAGCUUUCCACUCUUCAGUGUCUAUGUCUUCUAAGCUUGGUUGACUUUACCAAUGGAAAUACGCAUCGUUCAAGUGUUCACAGCAGCUUAGCGAUGAAUCUAGCCCAAUGCGCCGAUCUGGGCUUCGAAACGCAAGGGCAACUAUCCCCAGUCGCGCGCGAGGAACGAAGACGUUGUUUCUGGAGUAUCUGUCUGAUGAAGCGCCUUCAUGGCGUUGAAUUCGACAACAUAGAUUUUCCGGACGGAAGCUGUCCCAACUUCCCAGAAAGUCCAAACGUGCCACCCCAGCCCUGCUCACCAAACAUGACAGAGGGGACCAGAACAACCGAUCUUGAAGAUCACGGUAUUAUAGCCUACGUCAUAACCUUGAGCGAGGUGUUUGCGAAGAUUGCGAGAUACGUUCGACGACAUGGAAAGCCAACUAGCAUACCCCCGUGGUCCUCUGAGUCGGAGUAUUCCAAGAUAAUAACGCUCCAAAUGGAAGUGGAAUCACACAUGCCCUAUAUUCACCGGUUUAAGCCCGCCAACUUUAGCGACAGAACGAUUGACGAGCUCCAGGCCAACAGGGACUACUGGGGGCCGUUCCUUCUGAAUCAGUUUCUCUAUCACACGAUCCUAUGCCUUCUCAAUCAUCCUUUGCUCUUGUCUCUGAGUCUCCGAAACUUUCGAAGCAGUAUUCCUGAGAUCUUCUUGCAACACACCUCUGACCUCAUCUCUUCUCACACAACCUGGAUCAUCUAUUUUCUCAAUUACUUUGAGGAGAGGUCUUUCCUCGUCUCAGAUCCAUUUCUAGGAUAUAGUGCGGCAGUGGUCGCCACUAUUGAACUCCAACUCAGCUUCACGGAGAACCCUACCAUCCGCGAAGAAAAACGGGACCGAUUUUUCAAGUGCGUGCGAUUCGUGCAAGCCCUAGGGCAGCAGUGGCCGCAUAUGGCUCGAAUGGCCAACCGACUGCAAAGACUCGAGGACGCGGUCUCAGCUACCUACCAACCCGAAUCUGGAGCCCAUAACAAAAGCCUAUUGAUCGAUCUCUCGCGAUUCUGGGAAAUCCUAGAAUAUUCAUCCAAUAGCGAUUCCAACUCAGCGAGACGCAUGUUCGGCGAUUCCUUGUAUUCCAAUUCGCUCGCUUUCACAGCAGAGGUCUCACAAACAUCGCCUCUGCCAGAACCAACACGUAUGAGCGCACAGCAGGGAAUGUCACAGUCUCCGAUGCCGCAUUAUAGUCUUCAGACACCAUUGGGCACAGGCAUGCAGGGCGCCGUUGACUCGAUCACAGUCGCUCAGCCCUCUGACUUGCUCAACGACGAGUUCUCCAUCCUAGCGGCGAAUUUCUUCUCACAGGGCCAGGAGUUUUUGCGAAGUAGUGACAAUCGAGAAGGGUUUGGGAAUCUCUAG